AUGUCGUGCCCUACGCGUAUACCGCCUACACAUUUGCCGGGAGUUGGGACCCGCGCCCUGACUACUAGCCAUCAACAUCUGGCUCUUUACACCAUGUCGGAGGACGAGCUUAGCGGAGGUGAGGGUGCAGGUUGUCAGGCGAAGGACCUUCGAUUUGCGCUCCGCUAUUACGAGGCUCUAACAGCUCCAGCUCAGAACCUCGAGCACCAAAGUGUACGGAUAGGACCACCGCAUGAAGCCAUCCCCUGUUUUGGGUCAUUGCUCAUGGUCAUGAUCGUCACUAUCUACACCUCAGAUUCAUGUACCAUUCUAUGCAAUACCAGUAACUGUUCGAGCCAGAAGACAGUCGCCGUACCCGAGAUCAAGGCUUCUGUGCAGCUCUAUGCCCGUGCAGCUAAAGCUAGCUCUGAUGCGGUCGAGAAUCAUACAUGCAAUUGA